AUGUCAGACGAAGAGCUCCCACCACAUUUACAAGAACAAGGGGAGUUAGAAAAUCCAUUAAGAGCCAUAAUAGUGGUUAAUUCUGCUGAAAGUCCUGAGGGCGACAUGGAAGAAGCAUUGUUGGAUGGUGUUCAAAGUUUCGAUGACAUGAAUGAAUUUUUCGAUAAAUUCGACGAAACAAUUGCUAUACCAAAUGAAGAGCACAUAAAGUAUGAAGUCGGAAGUGACGGACUCGUAGUGAUUGUUGUCGAUUCGCUUUCCUUAAGAGAUAAGGCCUUAAAGUUCAUGGAAGAUUAUAGCAUCAAAAUUGAAGGUAAGAACCAAGAAGAGGCUGAAGGUAACCAAUCAGCAAAGAAGGUGAAGAAGUCAGAAGUCUGA